AUGACAGAUAAUACAAAAUAUCUUUUAAAUGUAACAAAUGAAAAUUUGACAACAUCUAGUAAUCGUUUAAUACCGAAUCCAUGUAUAAUGCUUGAAUUAAGUUCCAUUAAUCGUAAUCUAUCAAUAAAUGAUAUGCAACCAUUAAAACGACAUGUAACAACUCGUGUUAGGAUAUAUCAUUAUUGUGUCCUAUUUACUUCAGUUAUUGGAUUAAUUAGUAUAUCAAUAGCUUCAGUGAUAUUUUGUAUACAUACAGGUUAUUAUUUAAAUCAGUCAAAAUAUCAAAUGAACAAUACAUAUAUAUCAAAGAGUAUUAAUGGAUUUUUUAAUUAUUCUCAGUGGACAUCAUUGGGCAUAUUCUUAUUUGGAUUAUCAUUAUUAUGCACUAGUUUUACAUUGUGUUAUUUUUACAAUUCAAUAAUUAAUCGUUCUUCAAUCAAUAAGCAAGGCUGUUCACGAUUAAAUCAUAACAAUAGUAAUACACAAGUACCUACAAUAAUUAAUAAUAAUAGUACCAUUAGUAGUAAUCAUUGUUUUCUUUCACCAUCAGUUAAUCAAACCUAA